UCACUCACUCUGACACACAUGCAGUGUGUUUGUAUAGACUGAUAAGAGAGAAGGGAGGGAAAACAGUCCAGCUUGAAGAGUGAAAACACACACACACGGGUGAGAAAGCCUAUGGUUGUGUUACUGUGAGAGCAGAUAGGUGCUUAAAUACCCUGGAGGAGAACAGAAAAAAGAAGAAGAAGAAGUCAGAGAAGAAACUCAGUGAGACUGAGAGAGAGAGAGAGAGAGGGUGAGCGUAAACAGGCAAGUGAAGUGUCAGAGACAGAAGUAAGAAGACCAAGGGUAACGGGUUUUGCUGCUGUGCUUGGAUCAUGUCUCUGAAUGGGAAGGUGGCUCUGGUGACCGGGGGGGCUCAGGGCAUCGGGAGAGCUGUGGUCCAAUCACUACUGCAGAACUCAGCCAAGGUGAGCAUGGUGGACCUGAACAAGACCGGUGGUGAAGAAUGCAAAGCACAGCUGGAUGCCGAAUUCGGAGAGGGCAACUGCUCCUUUAUCUCAUGUGAUGUGUCUAAUGGAGACGCGCUGAGAGACGCAUUCCAGAGCACAGUCGACAAGUUUGGUCGCCUGGAUAUCGUUAUCAACAAUGCCGGCAUCAACAAUGAAAAGAACUGGGAGAAAACCAUACAAGUCAACCUGACAUCUGUAAUUAAAGGGACCUACUUGGCUCUGGAACACAUGAGUAAGGAAUAUGGCAAAGAAGGAGGCACCAUUAUCAAUGUAUCCUCUAUGGCAGCCUUCAUGCAUUCUCCUCAUCAGCCUGUCUACACUGCUACUAAACACGGAGUCAUUGGCUUCACCAGAGCUAUGGCGGACGCGUCUUCUCAGGGCGACUACGGUGUUCGUAUCAACGCGCUGUGCCCGGCCUUUGUUGACACACCUCUGCUGCAUUCAGUGGAACAGGAGGACAACAUGGGCAAGUUUGUCAAGUUCAAGGACGAUUUCAAACGCAGCAUGAGCAAAUUUGGAGUUUUAAAGCCAGCACUGAUCGCAGAGGGCAUGAUGAUGCUGAUCACAGACACCACUCUGCAUGGAGCGGUGAUGAAGAUCACCUGCUCUAAGGGAAUCCACUUUCACACCUAUGAGCCCAUGUCUGCUUGAGCCUUGACAUACUGGACAUAUUGGACGAAGCUGCUGACAAGAGUAACGCAGUACCUUCACCGAAGCAGGUUUUGAACAUCUGGCUGACACUGAAGUUAAUAUCAGAACUGCAUCAGGGAAAACUGAUUUGAAUAAUCCCUGAUCAAUUACAUACAUUUGUCUUGAUUGAAUGCUAUCCAAGUAAUCGUUCUAUGCACUGUCAAAGUAUACUGUCUGGUCUUGCUAAUUGUGUUAAUGAUGUCGUAACGAUGAUCGGAAUUGUCAAAAUUACUGUAGAAAGUCCAGUGUUUUCACUGCUAGUCAAGAUACAAACUGAUUAUGCAGCUUUUUUGAUUAAACAGUGUUAUCAUAGCAACUGUAAGCUACAGUUAUUAUUUAACAGCUGGUUCAUAUGGUUUGUAUAGAUAUUUAAAAACAUCCAGUGAGAUAGUCUGAUAUGGGAAUAUGGGACUUAUUUAUUUGUAUUUCAUAGCUACCCUAUCUCUGCAGUAAGCCAUUCACAUUUUUACCCUCUUUUUGCUGUGUGAAAACCGUCUACGUCCACAUUAGGGUUUCCAGACCGUUUUUCUAGAGACCUGCGUCCGCACUGACCCGAAUAAAGACUGUUUUUUUCUUCUUCUUCUUCUUUGGCCUAUUUUCACUUGAGAAGCAAAACUGCAUCACAUUGUGAUAGACAGAUGACAACAGCUUUGACGUAUUAUUGGCUACACCCAGGUUUAAAGAUGUGUUAGAAGACAAGAGGCCUGAGUCCAAGUCGCUGUGGUUACACCCAGUGCGCACUUUAUGCAAGUGCAAUUACUGAGUCAUGACAGCGCACUUAUUGUGUGUGCUGCAGAGGCAUGGGUUACUGCAGGUAAUCUAAUUCAUAUUCCUCCCAUUAUAGACGUGUUAUUACACCCACCAACCACAUUAAGUCCAUUAUUAUGACGCAGACAGUUUUCCUCCUCCUCAGUUAAAUACUGGAGCAUUUAUUACUGGAGCUUUUAUUUAUUACAAGCAAAGCACAGUAUAGCCAAGUUAAUGGACCAAGCAUUCACAUAUGACUUGAGGGUCUCUUGCACUCUCUUCUCUUCGAGAAAUCUACUCUGAUGAUAUUCUCUUUGCUUAUUUUUUUUUUUAUUGCAUAUGUUUUUUUAAUCUCUUUCUGCACUUAGAAAAGUAUCAUUAAAUUACGCCUUGAUUUGAAUGAUCUUAAGUGAACAUUAUUUAUUUGUAUGUCUUUUAUGUACUUGAGGUAUUGGGUUAAAUUCAAUAAAAACCCUUGUUUAAAAAAA